GCCGCCGCGCGCACCGGGGGGAGGCGGGAGCGGCGGGAGCGGCGGGAGCGGAGCAUGGCAGCGCUGGCGGCCGCCUCCCCCGGCGGGGACGAGUGUCUGGAGGAGGAUGAGGAUGAGCUGGAGCCGGGGCUGGACGAGGCCGAGGCCGAGCCGGAGGUCGGGAGCGGCGCGAAGGCGGCGGGGGGGGCCCGGGGGGCCGUUCUGACCCGCAGGGGCAUCACCCUGAGGGUCCUGCUCCGAGACGGGCUCCUGGAGCCGGGCAGGGGCGUCCUGUCCAUCUAUUACCUGGGCAAGAAGUUCGUGGGGGACCUGGGCUCGGACGGGACCAUCACCUGGCAGGAGACGGGGCAGGUUUUCAACUCCCCGAGCGCCUGGGCCACGCACUGCAAGCGCCUGGUGAACCCCGCCAAGAAGUCGGGCUGCGGCUGGGCGUCCGUGCGCUACAAGGGCCAGAAGCUGGACCAGUACAAGGCAGCGUGGCUGCGCAAACACCAGCCCAACGUGCCACCCCCCGAGGAGAGCUUGGCCAGCGAGGGCGAGGAGGAGGAGCUGCCCGAGGAUGAGGAGGAGGAGGCGGCGAGGGAGGGUCGGGUGCCGGUGCCGGAGCCGGCCGCUCCCAAAAAGCCGGAGGAGAGGAGCAAGAAGCAGCAGGGCAAGAACCUGGCGGAGCCGGCGGGGACGGAUGCCGGCGCCGCGGGGAAAAGGCUGGAGGUGAAACCCCGGGUGCCCGUCCGCUACUGCAGCCUGGGCACCCGCGACUCGGCCAGGAACCCCCAGACCCUGGUGGAGGUGACGUCCUUUGCCGCCAUCAACAAAUUCCAGCCCUUCAACGUGGCCAUCUCCAGCAACGUCCUCCUGCUCCUGGAUUUCCACAGCCACCUGACGCGGAGCGAAGUGGUGGGGUACCUGGGGGGGCGCUGGGACACCAACACCCAGUUGCUGACGGUGCUCCGAGCCUUCCCGUGCCGGACCCGCCUGGGUGACGCCGAAGCCGCGGGCGCUGUGGAGGAGGAGAUCUGCCAGAGCCUGUUCCUGCGGGGGCUGUCGCUGGUGGGGUGGUACCACAGCCACCCCUUCGGGCCCGCGCUGCCGUCCCUGCACGACAUCGAUGCGCAGAUGGAUUAUCAGCUCAAGCUGCAGGGCAGCGGCAACGGCUUCCAGCCCUGCCUGGGGCUCAUCUGCGGGCCCUUCUACCACGGCAACCCCGGCGUGGAGUCCAAAAUCGCGCCCUUCUGGGUGAUGCCGCCGCCAGAGCAACGGCCCAAUGACUACGGGAUCCCCAUGGAUGUGGAGGUCACCUACAUCCAGGACGGAUUCCUCACCAACGACGUCGUGCAGGAGAUGACGCUGCUGGUGGAGUUCUAUAAAGGAGCCCCCGACCUGGUGAAGUUCCAGGAGCUGUGGAGCCAGGAUCAGACCUACCUGGACAAGCUGAAGGGCUCCCUGGCCUCCCGCACCCCCAAAGACCAGAGCUUCACCCACGUCCUGGAGCAGAUCUUCAGCCUGCUCAAGCUCAGCGGGUGAGGGCCCGGGGCCCCUCGGUCGGACCAGGUGCCUCCCGCAGCCCGGGCGGGGCUGAGCCAGAGCCGGUGCGGGGCAGCCCCGCGGCUCCCGAGGCUCCCGGGGCUCCCGUAGAUCCCGGGACUCCCGCAGCUCCCGGGGCUCCCG